AUGGUCAAAAUCGCUAUCAUCACUUACUCAAUGUACGGCCACAUAGAUACCGUGGCCAAGUCCCUCGUCAAAGGAAUUGAAGCAGCAGGAGGAAAAGCGGACCUUUUUAGGGUCGAGGAAACUUUGCCCGAUGAAGUGUUAACCAAAAUGCACGCUUCUGAGAAGCCUGACAUCCCAGUCGCAACUGCUCAGACGCUAGUAGAGUACGACGCUUUUUUGUUUGGAAUUCCCACCAGAUAUGGAAAUGUUCCAGCUCAAUGGUCAGCUUUCUGGGACCGGACCGGCGGCUUGUGGGUGAAGGGAUCCUUGCAGGGUAAGCCAGCUGGUAUCUUUGUGUCAACUGCUUCCUACGGCGGUGGACAGGAAACCACCAUCAAAACCGCAUUGACGUACUUGGUCCACCAUGGGAUGAUUUACAUUCCUGUAGGUUACAAGAACACCUUUGCGGAGCUCUCUAACGUGGAGGAGAUCCACGGUGGCUCGGCUUGGGGUGCUGGCACUCUGGCCAGUAGUGAUGGCUCGCGCACACCAAGUGAGCUUGAAUUGAGAGUGGCGGUUGCCCAGGGUAAGGCGUUCUACGAGAUUGCCCAACAUUUCCCUUUGGCAACCACGAAGCAAACCACUGCCAAGCCAGCUACGUCUGACGAGAAAAAGGCGACCUCUCAAAGAGUAACUCAAACUACUGCCACCUCUGAAAAAAAAGACGCUGACAAGAAGCAAAAUGGCUGUUGCGUAGUCAUGUAA